ACCUGCAACCACCAAAUACAUCUCUAUAUAACCGCAUACAUCCGAAAUGCUUCCGACUCUUCCGCCGACAAUAAAAAAAUAGAGACCGAAGCCUGGUAUCAUAAUCAAAGCUAGCCCAAAUUCCCCGUCACUGGCAUCCCCGCCAUCACCAUGAAUUCCUUCUUCUAUUCUACCAAACACGCUAAGACAUCAUACUACCACAUCCCCUCCACCCUCAACUUAGAAGACGUCCAACAAAUCCUCCACAACCACUCUACCUUAGCACAUAUAUUCUGGCCCCAAUUAGUAAACGAUCCAGAAAACCUUCUUUUCGAGAACCAAACCGGUCCUAGUACUACGGAAAUCCAAAUUCGCCCAGCAUCAGGUUCCGGUCCCGGCCCUUCCGGGACAAAAUGCAAAGCUAGCAUAACUUCUCACCACGAGGCCAGAGAGGUCGUCGUCGCUGAGGAAAUGCCUCUCGGGCUUCGAAUGACGCUGGUUUAUAGGGUUUCUGACGAGCCUCCGCAGGGUAUUUCGGCAGAAGAGGGUGAUGGCCUGCUUGCGUUGGCUGACUCGCAGCCUUCUACGUCGCUCUCGGGCACUGGGUCACGAAUAGGGCUGUAUCUGCAGGUGGAGAGAUCAGUAAUGGCACCGAGACCUCUUUCGAUGCUGGUCAAGACGACAGACGGGCCGAUUGUCAAGACGAAGAAUCUGUUGUUCGUUUUGGAUGAGUUAGGGAAUGGGAAGGAGUUGGAUGCUGCGUUGGAUGCUCUGAAUGAACUGGGAGAGUCGGAUGAUGAAGGAGACGAGGUGUUGGAGAAGUAUAAGGCGGAUUGAGAUGAAUACAGCCACAUACUCUUAGAACUUGGGACUAGCCGCUAGUAUAUAAUCAGACCUUGUUAGACUUAGA